GUGCCGGGGCCGGACGCGCGGGCUGUGUGAUCCGUGCCGCGGGGCGCUGCGGCCGCCCCGCCCAGUCCCCGCCGCCGACGCCCGCUCGGUGGCUCGGCCGGGCAGUCACGGAGCGCGCGCGCCGCGGGAGCUGCGGGCGCUCUCGGCGUUCGGGAGAGGAGCGUCGCGCCGGGAGAGGAGGCGACGGCGGCGGCGGCGGCUGGGGGGCGCGAGCGGCUGCUGCCUGGCGCGGGGCCCCGGGAGGGCCGGGGGGUUGCCGCGAUGGAGCAACUAUCAGAUGAAGAAAUUGACCAUGGUGCUGAAGAAGACAGUGACAAGGAAGAUCAGGACCUGGAUAAAAUGUUUGGAGCCUGGCUUGGGGAACUGGACAAACUUACUCAGAGUUUGGAUUCUGACAAGCCCAAAGAACCAGUGAAAAGAUCUCCUCUUCGUCAGGAAACAAAUAUGGCCAAUUUUUCUUACCGUUUCUCCAUAUACAACUUGAAUGAAGCUCUGAAUCAGGGAGAAACUGUGGAUCUGGAUGCCCUGAUGGCCGACCUCUGCUCUAUAGAGCAGGAGCUCAGCAGCAUUGGCUCAGGAAACAGUAAGCGUCAAGUCACAGAACCAAAAGCUACUCAGAAGCCAACUUCUGGCCGACAUUCAUCGAAACAUGGCACCCUCAGAGGACUGUCCUCUUCCUCUAAUAGAACAACUAAGCCUCCCCAGGCUAACUACUCCCUGGAUGACAUCACUGCACAGUUGGAACAGGCUUCCUUGAGCAUGGAUGAGGCCGCUCAGCAGUCUGUAGUAGAAGAUUCUAAGCCUGUAGUAACGAGUCAGCACAGAAGGACUGCGUCAGCAGGCACCGUGAGUGAUGCUGAGGUGCGCUCUGUUAGCAACUCCUCCCGUUCCAGCAUCGCUUCUGCAGCCUCUAGCAUGGAUUCUUUGGAUAUUGAUAAAGUGACACGCCCUCAAGAACUGGAUUUAACAACACAUCAGGGGCAGCCAAUUACUGAGCAUGCUAUCUCUCUGAGCUGUCCCAGUAAGCAGGCCAAGCAGCACUCAGACUUCACGGAAGAGCAGGCUGAGCUGACUCCUCACUGCUAUCUGGACAGGGAAACAUCCCUUCUUCUGAGAAACAUUGCAGGAAAGCCUUCUCAUUUGCUGACCAAGGAAGAGCAGGCAGCAAAGCUGAAAGCUGAGAAGAUCAGAGUCGCCCUGGAGAAAAUUAAAGAGGCUCAAGUGAAAAAGCUGGUGAUCAGGGUCCACAUGUCUGACGACAGUUCUAAAACAAUGAUGGUGGAUGAGAGACAGACAGUGAGACAAGUGCUGGACAGCCUGAUGGACAAGUCCCACUGUGGCUACAGUCUAGACUGGUCGCUGGUGGAGACCAUUUCCGAGCUACAGAUGGAGAGAAUCUUUGAAGACCACGAAAACUUGGUUGAAAAUCUUCUUAAUUGGACAAGAGACAGCCAAAACAAGCUUAUAUUCAUGGAGCGUAUAGAAAAAUAUGCACUUUUUAAAAACCCCCAGAAUUAUCUUCUAGGGAAGAAGGAAACAGCUGAGAUGGCAGACAGAAACAAAGAAGUGCUGUUAGAGGAAUGUUUUUGUGGAAGUUCUGUAACUGUCCCAGAAAUUGAAGGAGUCCUUUGGUUGAAAGACGAUGGCAAGAAGUCCUGGAAAAAGCGUUAUUUUCUAUUGCGAGCCUCUGGCAUCUACUAUGUCCCUAAAGGAAAAGCAAAGGUGUCUCGGGAUCUGGUGUGCUUUCUCCAGCUGGACCAUGUGAAUGUAUACUAUGGACAGGACUAUAGGAACAAAUACAAAGCACCCACAGACUGCUGUAUGGCAUUAAAGCACCCACAGAUUCAAAAGAAGUCUCAGUAUAUCAAGUACCUUUGCUGUGAUGAUGUAAGGACUCUGCAUCAGUGGGUCAACGGAAUCCGAAUCGCAAAGUAUGGGAAGCAGCUCUACACAAAUUACCAAGAAGCCUUGAAGAGGACAGAGUCAGCCUAUGACUGGACCUCUCUAUCCAGCUCUAGCAUUAAAUCCGGAUCCAGUUCUUCCAGCAUCCCAGAGUCUCAGUCAAAUCACUCUAACCAGUCUGACAGUGGGGUUUCUGACACCCUGCCAACAGGACACAUCCGCUCCCAAAGCACCGUGAGCUCCAUCUUCUCUGAAGCCUGGAAGCGAGGCACUCAGUUGGAAGAGUCCAGCAAGGCCAGAAUGGAAUCUAUGAACCGCUCCUACACUUCACUUAUGCCCCCUCUGUCCCCUCAAACUAAGGUUAUCACCCCCUACACUGCCUCACAGCCCUCACCCCCCUUACCUCCUCCUCCACCCCCUCCGCCUCCUCCCCCGCCUCCCCCGCCCCCACCCCCUCCUCCUCUGCCCAGCCAGUCUGCACCUUCCGCAGGCUCAGCAGCCACUAUGUUUGUCAAGUACAGCACAAUCACCAGGCUGCAGAACGCAGCUCAGCAUUCAGGGCCCCUGUUCAAGUCUCCACCACCAGCGACACAGCCUCUACCUUUGACUUCACAGUCCCUCAAGGCUCAAAUUGUGGUGCCCCCUAAUGGAGUUAUUCCUCCACCCCCGCCACCUCCACCACCGCCAACCCCUGGUUCGGCCAUGGCCCAGUUAAAGCCAGUGCCAUGUGCCCCAUCGCUGCCACAGUUCAGCCCCCAACCUCCUCCCCUGAAGAUUCAUCAGGUUCAGCAUGCUCCUCAGGUGGCCCCUCCCACGCCCCCACCAGCUCCUCCCAUCCCUGCAGCUGUCCCUCCUCAAGCACCCCCUAAGCCUCUGGUGACCAUUCCUCCUUCAGCCAGCACCAAGACUGUGCCAAUAGUGGCUCAAGCUGUACCACCUACCCCUGCACCUCCAGUGCCCCCCACAAAGAAACAGCCAGCUUUCCCUGGUUCUCACAUUCCACCCUCCCCCCCCAUCCAGCCUGCCCCAUGUCCCCCACCGACACUACCCAAGCAGCAAAGCUUUGGGGUGAAGCCACCCCCCUCUCCGUUGUCCCCUGUGCCCUCAGUUGUGAAGCAGAUAGCCAGUCAGUUUCCACCCCCUCCUACUCCUCCUCCUGUGGACUCUCAGCCCCUAAAGCCCCUCCCAGCAAGUGUCACCCCACAGUCCCCUCCUGCAGUAAAAGCAAAACCCAAAUGGCAGCCCAGCUCAAUCCCUGUCCCUUCUCCGGAUUUCCCUCCUCCCCCUCCUGAAAGCAGCCUGGUGUUUCCUCCCCCACCUCCCCCAGCCCCAGCCCCAGCCCCAGCCCCAGCCGUGGCUUCACCUAUCCCUGACAAAGGAGGAUCUCCAGGCAGAAAGCCAAGUAAGAUGUCCAGCCCUGGGGGGAAGAAACCGCCCCCAACCCCGCAGCGCAACUCCAGCAUGAAGUCUGGGAGUUGUGCAGAACACCCUGAGCCCAAGCGACCCUCGGUAGACAGUCUAGUCAGUAAGUUCGCACCUCCAGCAGAAUCAGGGUCUCCCAGCAAGGAGACCCCCCUGCCUCCCGCAGCACCCCCCAAGCCCGGGAAACUGCACCUUUCUGGAGUCCACCUUCCUGGAAUCCACCAGCAAGGGAAUGUACCGACAAAACCCUCUGUCCUGAGUGGGCGUGGAAAGGACUCCAUAGCGGAAUUUCCAUCUCCUCCAUCCGAUUCUGACUUUCCACCCCCUCCACCCGAAAUAGAGCUUCCUCUGCCUCCCAUCGAGAUUCCAGCCGUGUUCUCGGGGAACACCUCCCCCAAAGUGGCAGUUGUUAAUCCCCAGCCACAGCUAUGGUCUAAAACAUCAGUAAAGAAGGCCCCUCCACCCACCCGGCCCAAACGCAAUGACAGCACCCGCCUCACUCAAGCUGACAUCUCUGAGCAGCCAACGAUGACCACAGUUGUGCCACAAGUGCCCACCUCUCCCAAAUCCAGCCUUAGUGUCCAGCCUGGAUUCUUAGCCGAUCUCAACAGGACCCUACAGCGCAAGUCUAUCACCCGGCAUGGCUCCCUCUCCUCCUCACGCAUGUCCAGAGCAGAACCCACAGCCACCAUGGACGACAUGGCACUACCUCCCCCACCACCGGAACUGCUGUCUGACCAGCAGAAGGCUGGCUUUGGAGGUAGUCAUAUUUCAGGCUAUGCAACAUUGCGAAGAGGACCCCCGCCUGCUCCCCCUAAGAGAGACCAGAGCACUAAGCUUUCAAGAGACUGGUAGCCACAAGACUGAUGCUCAUGCUGUCCAUAAUCAGUUCUACAAUCAGUUCAUCUGACCAUCUGUGAGCCCAGGUGUUCAGGGCCUCCCGAUAUGUUAUUCAGGUAGUGUCCAGCUGUGUGUGUGUGUGUGUGUGUGUGUGUGUGUGUGUGUGUGUGUGUAUGUGCUGCGUGGCUGUACACGCAUGUACACAGAUAUACAGAUUGUGUAUAUGUAUACAUCUGUGAAUGUGUAUAUAGAGAGAACGGAUUCUAUUUAUUCCUUUUCCUCCUAAUCAGAAUAUGGGGUUUUGUAUAUUGGGUAGGAGGAGACACAGGAGGGGAUAUGUUGUCUCUUAUAAUUUGUCUAUCGUAUGGGCCGGACCAAAAACUAGAAGGUAUUUCGUAAGUGUCUGUCCACGUGCCACCUAUUUGUGCAUGUGUUUUAGAAAAAACAGAUGGACAGUCUCAGAAGGUAUCAUCAGAAGGUUUGGUAUAUCUACCUAUAGGGCUUUGUUCUUUAUUUUUCCUAGUUUUUCCUAGUUGGCUGAAUUUAGAACUGCUUGACUGACACUUAAAUACUACAUGUAAAGGGGCACUUUAAAUCAGGAAAUUUAAUGCAUUACAGAACAGAUAAACAGUGCAGGAAAGGGACCUCCUCAAGACACUGUUUGUGUUGUACACAGGAAUGUUGGGGCUGUUCUAGGAGGCAGUAGAGCUGCCAUGACCCUAGCCACCUCUUGAGAUGUCUUCACGGGUAAGCUUUGUUUACAACACAAGGAGUAUUUAAUGCUAUGAUCCUGGCUACUUGCAGUACUGUCUUGCGAAGCUCCAUAAACUUGGCUUCAUGAUUCUUGCUUUAUUGUGAGAAUGUCCUGUACACACUAUAAUGUAGUGUCCAGUUACCUUCAUGUAUAGUGUGCAUUAACAGACAUUUGAGUCCAUGACUAGUCCAAAUAUGAAAUAUACACCCUGUGCCCAGUGUGGUACGUCAUUACAAAAACAAAGUCACCUUCUGCACCGCCUUCACAACUUGUUCUCUGGGGGAGAAGAGUUAAAAAGAACAGAACUGGCCCUGUGCAGGAGUCAUUCAUAACACUGCGGUGCAAAGACCCCAUUGGGAUGGGAUUAUCGUGAACAAAAGAAGUUUUCAUAAUUUCAUUCAUAGCUACUGGAGCUACUAAGAGCUUUGCUGUUUACAGCGCAAGUGUAGAGAUGUGACAGGCGCCCAGGUGUUGUGAUGGAGCAGUCACAGACCAGUUACAGUGACUUUGGCGUGUGCAUGCACAGCUGGGCAAAGCUUGGGAGCCUUGCUCUGAUGACACUAUUACGCUUCAUACUAUUCUUCUGUGUGCUUUUGUUACUUUUCCUUGGUACAUGAGAAGUGUGUGCUUAUCAACUUGCAGUGAAAGGUUGAUGGGAAUAAAAUGCAAUCUUAGAGCUACUUUUAAGAGAAUAAAAACUGGCCACCCCACCGAUUACAAAUGAACACAUCUUGUAAACAGAGUCUGUGCCUCUUCUAAAGAUAAUCAGUGCCAAAUACAGAAAUCUUUUGGUCCUGUUCCUCAUGGCGAAAGUAACUCCAGUGACUGGGUCAAGAAGGUAAACUAUUGGAGAAGACGGGCUUUGCAUUUGUGCCAUGUUUACUAGAGCACUCUCCAAAAAGGAAAUGCAUCGGAAAGAUGUGUAAGUGGCACCUCCGUCACCCUGCAGCCCCCGUGCAGGGCGGCCCUGCAGCCGGGAAGGAGGAGCCGACUGCAUAAGUCACUGUGCUUUUUAAAAGCCCAACUUAGGGACAGGUUUUGACUCUUUCAAGUUGCUCACCGAGCGAGUGUUUGUGCUUGCAGUUCUUAUGAAGUGACUGUUAACGUACCUGCACUGUUAGUUGCAACACGCACAACAAACCUAGUUAAGCCGAGUAGUUGCGAGGCCCCUGAGACUGAGAGGAGUGCUUCCCCGCGCGCCUCAACCUGCGGCUCUGCUCACGCUCCGGACAGACCAGGAGUGUGGAUCCAGUUGUCCCAGGAUUGACCUGCAGGGUUCUGAUUUCUUUUGUUUUCCUUUUUAAAUUAAAGUAGGUAGACAGUCCUCCAAUCUACAUUGAGUCCUAAAUCAACAGCUUUCUUUUUUUUCCGUGUGGAUGUCAUGGGAAUUCUUAAGCCAUCCUGAGCCAUAGCUUCUGGUUUUUUGGGAGAGCAGACGUUUGAAAACUUGUAAUGCCCAGACACUGAAGGGUAGUCACUGUCCAUCUCUAACUCCAGGCGUGCAGUUUCUUAGCUAUUAAAAAAAAGACAUUCCAGCUUUUCUACCUGCCUAGUGUGUAUGAAGGUUUGCUUGAGAUAUAUAGCUCUUUUCCUUUCUCUGAUGUGUUCUUGGAGAAGAUGACACUGGUUCUGUGCCUUUUUUAACUGUCCUCUGCCUGGCAGCUCCAGCUUACAUGGCUUUUCAGGCCAGUAAAAGGCACCUGGAGGCCUCUCAGACACGGACUAGGGAACAGGGUCCAGGACCUUCUCCUGAGGGCAGGAUAAACAGAAUUGGUGACUAGCCAGCCUGUUGACACCCUUAGUUUUUACUAUCUAGGUCAUGUCAAGAGUGUCUUAGUGUUUAAGGUUUGGCACCAACUCUGAAGGGCAGCAGACUAUUCUCAGUUAAUAAAAUUACCUAACUCCGGUUCACAGGUGUUUAUACAGACAGUAUUCUGCAUUAAUCACACCAGCUUGGCUUUUACUCCCAAAAGAUUUAAAUACAUUCUCUCUUUAGUGGCUAUAAUUCUCAUUUGAAGAGGGAAAAAAAUUCGUUUUUGUUUUUCAGAUGUUCACUUAACUAUAUAACUAGAUUUUUUUUUCAAUGUCUAAACUUUUUAACAUGGGAAAGAUGGCUGGAUCUUAUCUUAUUUUCAUCAGAUAAUUAAAAGUAAUAACAAUGACAGUGGGUUUUUUUUUUUUUUUUAAGUCCUCCAAAAUCAAGGUGCUCCUACCCACUGAAGGCAUAUCUUGCAAAGGGCUGAGAACUGUUUUGGAUUCCCUCUCUGUGUUACUUGAUAUUAUAAAUACUCCUGAGUAUGUCUAAAAAGUUACAACUGAGAGGUCACAGUAAUUCUAACAGGGUACCAAUGUCAAGGUUCAGAGCAACAGGAAUCCAGGUUUCAGACGUCGAACAAUGUGCUACUCAAAUAAAAUCAAUAUAUGCUAUGUAAUUUUAUGUUACAAACACAAGAAAGUAAAACACCCAUUAGCCAUUUCCAUGUGUCUUGAGAACCAGCAUCAUAACUGAUGUAAUCCCAGAUUUUACUCCGGUUUAGACCAAUUAAACCACUGGCCCUGUGUGGUUGUGUUUUGAUAAAAAUAGGUAUAAUUCUUUUUGUUAUACAUUAAGAGAAUGGCUUUCUUUUUUUAAAAAUUCUGUUUUGUAACUUCAUUUUUUAAGCUUCCACUUUACAUUAUCUGUAACACGUAACCUCUCUCAAAGUUUACCCAAAGGUAAAUACAAGAAUAAAACUGAAUAACCCACCAUUUUUUACCAUGGCCCUUUUAAAAUCCAGUGAAAACAUGUUAUACCUUAAGAACUCUAGCUAUAUCAAAAAUUACACGUGCUCAGUGCCCUUAGGGGGAAGAACGCUUAUGUGUACAAUGUGUGUAGGGCAGGGGCUCCUUCUGGGUUUGCUCUGAAGUAACCUAUGUUAGAACGCUAUCUGCUGUAACCCCCAGUGCCUUGUACUCUUUAGAAGAAUAGCAUUUAAAAACAACAAAAACCACCAAGUAAAUGUUGAGGUGCUAAGGAAAGAGAAGCAAGGUAAGUACUUUUGAAGUUUGGACAGAAAUGGAGGGAAACAAUGACCCUCCAAGAGUUUUCAUCCACCUAAAUGGAAUCUGGCUGUUUCCUACCAAAGAUGUUGAGAAGUGGCAGUCCACAGUGAGCCCUACUUAAGAUCUGGCCAAACCGGGAGCAUGUUGUUCAUGGGCUAGGAAUUUUAAGCAAGUGAUCGUUAAAGCAUCAAUUUCUUAGGAAGUAAGACAUGGCUGCAGCAUGUAGGGAUACAUUUUAAAAGCUGUCCAUUCAUUAAAUUUGUUACAACUUAAUACUAAAACUGCCAUUUUUCAAAAUUCCACCUCCUGAUUUUUCCUGUAUUUGUAAAUAGUCCCUCCUAGAAAAUAAGCAUUAACUGGAAUGUUUUAAAUGUCUUUGCUUAGUUUUAAUAUCAGCCACUAGUGAACGAUUCUUCCAGAGUUGCAUAAGGUAAAAUGUAAUUAGCUUGUGCUAAGUGUUGUAAAAAUUCUGUUUGCUGUUUUCAAAGAGAACUGCACACUAUCUUUAACUGGGGGUGUCCUCUCUCCGUUUCUUUUAAAAUAAAAUAAAAUGGAGCCAAGGCUCACCUAACUUCUAGCUGUGGGAACUUUGUCAUAAAUAGAUAUAAUGUAGAAAUAUACUUUUUUAAAGCAUGAUGGUAACAAAAAUGUACCUGAAAGAGGACAUGAUUCAGAGGAUUAUGCACAGCUUGAUAAAGAUGAAGUUGUUUUCUUUCAGCCUGUUGCUAUUAUUUUCUUCUGCAUAAGUGUACCCAUUUCAUUAUGUGCCUUGCUCCCUGAUUGUGCAAAGCUAUAUAUAUAUAAAAAUAUAUACACACACACAAAUAUAUAUGAGAGAGAUAUAUUCAUUCAGUACUACUGAUGAUGUUUUUGUUCUACUGCUGGAUUAAGUUAUUUUUCUGAGUUACACUUGCCACCUGUCAUGAACUAUUGUAAUGGCUUAGGACAGUAGUCAUAUAGCCAGAGUAAAUUUGUUUUUCCAGUUAUAUAUUUUAUGUCAUCUAGCCCAAUCCUUAAUAAAAAGAAAAUUACAUAGA